AGAAUCUACUCACUUCCCUACAUAAUAAAAGCAGAGCGUCGAUCUUGGUCGUUCAAGAAAAAAAACAAUGAGUUUUUCUGAUGGCGUUUGUCAGCUAAACUGUUUACACUCUGUCUUCCUCACAUUUGUAAUGUUCACUCUCCAUGUUCACUCAGUGUCAGUAAAUACAUAUAUUGUCCAUAUGGACAAGUCCUUCAUGCCCAAAAUCUUUGCUAGUCAUCAUAGCUGGUACUCUUCCACAGUUGAUUCUCUGAAAUCAAGAAACACUGCCUUAUCGAGCAACCCUCGAACCUCACCAACUCUGUUAUACUCUUAUGAUAGUGGAGCUCAUGGUUUUAGCGCUGUCCUGUCCCCCGAUGAACUAGAAACGCUAAAGAAGUCUCCAGGAUUUGUCUCAGCUUAUCCUGACAGGAGUGUUACUCUUGACACAACCCAUACCCCAGAAUUCCUGUCCCUCAACCCUUACUCUGGGCUAUGGCCUGCUUCAAACUAUGGUGAAGAUAUCAUCAUCGGUGUUAUUGACUCUGGUGUUUGGCCAGAGAGUGACAGCUAUAAAGAUGAUGGCAUGACUCCAGUUCCAGCCAGGUGGAACGGUAUAUGCGAGGAAGGACAGGAAUUCAACUCCUCCAUGUGUAACUCCAAGUUAAUUGGAGCUAGGUACUUCAACAAGGGUGUGAUUGCAGCAAAUCCUGGAGUCAACAUAAGCAUGAAUUCUGCUAGGGACACUAUUGGUCAUGGAACGCAUACUUCCUCCACUGCAGCUGGAAACUAUGUGAAAGAUGCAUCCUUUUUCGGGUAUGCUAAAGGUACGGCAAGAGGUAUGGCCCCACGUUCCAGGCUGGCCAUGUACAAAGUCCUAUGGGAGGAGGGGCGCUACUCAGCUGAUGUUCUUGCUGGUAUGGACCAGGCUAUUGCUGAUGGUGUGGAUGUGAUAUCAAUAUCUAUGGGGUUUGAUGAAGUGCCAUUGUAUAAGGAUCCUAUUGCAAUUGCUUCGUUUGCUGCUAUGGAGAAAGGGGUGCUAGUCUCAUCAUCAGCAGGAAACGAGGGGCCAAAUUUAGGGACAUUGCACAAUGGAAUCCCAUGGGUCCUGACAGUUGCAGCUGGCACCAUUGAUCGUUCUUUUGCUGGAAUUGUGUCUCUAGGAGAUGGGCAAACCAUCACUGGAUGGACCUUGUUUCCAGCAAGUGCUUUAGUUAAAGAGCUUCCAUUGAUUUACAACAAAAGUCUAUCAGCAUGCAAUUCAAGCCAUUUGUUAUCUGACGCCCCCGUUGGGAUCAUCAUAUGUGACAACACCGGUUCUCUCCCUAUUCAGAUAGGGCGUAUCACUAGGUCAAGGGUGUACGGAGCAAUAUUUAUUUCUGAUGAACCUGAAUUAGGCGGUAGUAUGCCCUGUCCAGGUGUUGUGAUUAGUACCGAGGAUGCACCUGCUCUUAUUAAAUAUGCCACAAGUAUUAAGGAUGCUACAGCUAGCAUCAAGUUUCAACAGACCAUUUUAGGGACAAAGCCUGCACCAGCCGUGGCCUCUUACACUUCAAGAGGUCCUUCACCAAGCUAUCCUGGCAUCUUAAAGCCAGAUAUAAUGGCACCUGGUUCUAUUGUUUUGGCUGCUUAUAGUCCAAACAGUAUUGCAGCUACAAUAGGGGAUUAUAUAUUCUUGUCCAGUAACGUUGCUAUGCCCUCUGGAACAUCCAUGGCUUGUCCGCAUGCUUCUGGUAUAGCCGCACUCUUGAAAGGUGCACACCCUGAUUGGAGUGCUGCUGCUAUAAGGUCUGCCUUGGUGACUACUGCAAAUCCAUUGGACAACACUGUGAAACCAAUCAGAGACAAUGGUGAUGACAAUUUGUCUUUUGCUUCACCUUUAGCCAUGGGAGCAGGCCAAAUUGAUCCAAAUCAAGCACUUGAUCCAGGUUUGAUCUACGACGCAACCCCACAGGACUACGUGAAUCUUUUGUGCACCAUGAAUUUCACUCGGAGUCAAAUCUUGACCAUCACAAGAUCAAAGAGCUACAACUGCUCGAAUCCAUCUUCUGAUCUUAAUUACCCAUCUUUUAUUGCUUUAUACAAUCCUAAUGUGACGGAAACUGUAGCCAAAAUAUUCCGGAGGACUGUGACAAAUAUGGGAGAAGGUGCCGCAACUUACAAUGUUAAGAUAGUGCAGCCUGAGGGUUCAACUAUUGUUGUUUCGCCAGAGACAUUGGUCUUUAAAAAUACAUAUGAGAAGCAGAUCUUUAGUGUGACUAUAAGUUAUAGCAGUCACAAGAAGGGAAGAGUUUCAUUUGGUGAACUUGUUUGGGUUGAAGAAAAUGGAAAACACACCGUCAGGAGCCCUGUUGUGGUGUCACCUAUUGUAAGUUCUUGGGAGGGUUUAUUUAAUGUUUAUAUUUAAGAGCUUUGGGGUUAAGGUUUAUGUCUAAGUACAAGUAUUGAACCAGCUUUGCAAAUAAUGUGCUUUGCCACCGUCUACUUUCAUAGUUUACAUUUCUCUUUGCUUUCUUGAUAGAACCAACGGGGCCUAAUUUCCAGCGAUACUUUAUUAUUAAGAUGCAACAUGUGGACGACCAUUGGUUUCA